AGGGCUUGAGCCCGUGUCCCCUGCAUUGGCAGGUGGAUUCUUAACCACUGUGCCACCAGCGAAGCCCCGCAUCGCAGUUCUAAUUCAUCAACCAACAGUCAGCUCAUCAAGGAUUGGAUUCGGCUCUAGGGUUUACUUUAAAAUAUUUUUCUGUUGUUGUUAAGCCUCUCAUUUUGCUUUAGAUUUAAGUGAAAAUUCACGGCUGUUAUGAGCAAAGAGCACAACUUAAAGUUGACAUGACAUUUAAAAAAUACUUUAAAAUCUGUAUUAAUGUAAUCAUUUAGAAAGAUCCAUUCACUUCAGUUUAUCAGGCUGGGACGUAAGAGCAGUGUUUUUAAUAUUUUGGACAAGAAUCCUUUUUCGAUUGGCUCGGUAAUGCGCUUUACAGAAUAAAAGCAAACCACCAAGAGGUAUAUUUUGCCUAGUUUUUGAAGAAUGCUAACAAAAUCGGUUGAGGCACCCCAAGAUCAUCAAAAGUAAAAUGAUAAUCUGGUUUCUGAUUUGUAGAUCUAGAAAUGUUGAAUCUUUACUCACAAUUUAGAAUAAUUUGAGACUUGUUGAAAAAGAAGGAAAAUUCAUUUUUAUCUUAUCUCUCUGAGUAAAUAAGAUGACUUAGGUCAGUAUUUUACUAUAUGUGAUCAGUCUGUUUUCGUUUUAAUAAUACACACUUCCCUAUUAUAAUAAUGAAAAAAGUGGGUCUUAUUAACAAUACUAUUUGCUUAUUCAGAAUGCAUAAGCCUAUCAAUUUAGUCAAGUAAAACAUCGUAAUUUUUUUUGCCAGGGAAUGGGGGCAGGGAGAGUCAUACCCACGGUAGUUUAUGACAAAAUGUAAUACAGAUAUUUGUUAAAUUGAGCUGAAAUGGUCACUUUCUAUCCACUUAUGCAUCCGCUUUAAUUAAGCUUAGCAAAUAAAUUAUUAAAGAAAACUUGCCACACUUAUGCUUUGUUAUAAGCAGAAGUUGAAGUUUUAUUACAAUCUUGCUGUAAGGAAAAAGACCUCCGAUAAGUCAAAUAAAAGAUACAGUCUUGGUAGGGACAUUUUAUGGGAAAAGAAAAUGGUUAGAUAAUUAUCAUUAAAGUAGAUAACAGAAAGAAAGGAAUUUGGGGGACAUUAGACUCUUAACUAAUAGUCAAUUGCUUAGGUGAGUGGAUGGUUUUCCAGAGCAAAUCUUAAUUCUAUUAAAGUUUAUUGGAAGGUUGCUUAGGCUUUUUUUUGAGGAAUGUUCAUUUCACCGCAAGAGAGGAGUUGUGAAUUACAGUCAUCCAAAAAAACAUCUGUACCGGCCACGUUUGGGACAAUUUUUUUUAAACCAUUAUUACAUCUUCUGUAACUACAAAUGAAGUCUGAAAUUUUCAAAACGAUUCAGGUCUUUAUAAACAUAUACUUGACACAAGGCACUUUUUAAAAGGUCCUGUUUUACAGGUUGUAGUAAACAAAAAAAUAGGUAACACAAGAUAUUCUCCCCCACCUUGUCCCACCUUCUCCCAUCCUCUCACCAAGGUCCUGAUAUUUUCCAUCAGGAGCUGCUCCUGAAGGAUAGAGUGAGGACUGGCUUCAGUGAGAUUCCCUUUACCCUGAGGUAGGUUGGAUUUCAAAGCAAUAUCUGAACAAAGAAUAUAGGCCCUGGCACAACUCUUGACUGUGGCUCAGCCUCCUUCUGUUUUUAGGCAACUGUGCAUCAUUAGAGCUCCUUCAAAUCUUAUUUUUUGUUUAAUUAGGCACUAUGCUAAAACAAUGAAAAAAAGUGCUGUUGUGUUUUGUUUUUUUAGUGGGAGCUAUAUAUUUCUAAGCUGUGACGAAUAUUUACUGUUAGAGGAAAGAGAAUACAUCUUUUGAGGAAAAUUUGUAAAGCAAAUUUCGGGUUAGUGAUUUAAAUUUUAUAUUAGUUUAAUUUGAUUAAAUCAUACCAUCCUAGAGAUCAUGUUUUCUGUGUCUCUACCCUGUGUUUUGUGAGUACUGUGUAUGUGUGGCUCUGCAGUGUCAGCAGGACAGAAUUAAGAUGUCAAAACCUUUAGGUUGAAAUAGCAAUGUCACUUUUCAUAUUAAAAUCAGUUUCAAUGUCAUUUCGUCCAUUAAUGUCUUAAAAGCAUUCUUCCUCUCUUCUCCCCCACCUAUCACAUGUCCAGGUUAAAAGCCUUAGGGUAAGGGAAUGGUUUCAGUGGCAGAGAUACAAAACAGAUUCAAAAAUACUACCAAUAAUGAAAAAUCUGGUAUCUGAGCCUACAUAGUCUGUUUUCCUUCUUUCCUCCCAUACCUCGUUGCUCAUACUGCUACCCCCCCAACCAAAACACAUACACACACACACACACACACACACAGAAUGUCGUGAAUUGCAGAAUCAAAGUUCAUGAUUUCUGUUACACUGUGUAUCUGAAUCUGUGAAUAUGCCUGAAGCAGCAGGCAAACUGGGCGUCAUGGAUCCCUAACCCUUAACCUUGGGAAGUACAUGAAGGCUUUCCAGGGGGUUAUGUAAAUGAUAGUUUAAGGGUAUUAAUUUUCACGCUGUUUACUUGCAUGUUUCUUUCCUAAAAUCAAUCUGCCUCAGAGUGUGCCUAAGCCAGGGCAGCUUUCCCCUUUCCUCUUUUGUAAUUGUCCCUCUCCCACUCUACAAUUAAAGCAAUACCUUUAAUCUGACCUAAGUCUUGUUAGAAAGUAAAUGAUUCUAAUAACUGGGUAGCUAAUUGUUUCACAAGAGUAGUAAUUUCCAAUGGCUUUUGAAAAUGCUUCAGAAGAACUCAAUUGAGUUGUCAGCUGAUCAUUAAAAAUAAUUUUAUGACAUACCCCAUGUGAUUUUUGGUACAUAAUUUAGUAGUUCAGAAGAAUGAUUAUUGAUAUAACCAGAAAUCCUUCUGCUCCCAAAUAUUUGGAAUGGAAGAACACAAAAUGUAAGAAUAGGAUCAGCUUGAACCCUGUUUCUUCCUAACAACAAAUAAUAUUCAUUCUGAUACACAACCUAAAUGGGGGGAGAAGGUGCUAUCCAUUUCUGUAUGAGAUGCAUUUCCAAUAAAACUGACUUACAGUAUUUUAUAAUGAUCAUAAUUUAUAUUGAGUUUCUCAUUUGAUCAGUAGUGCUCUAGUAAAUUAAUGAUAACACAAUACUGAUGACAAUUUUUUAAAUUUAUGUUCUCAGGAAUUUUAAAAUAUACUCUUUUCUGUAGAGAAAUAUCAAUUUAAAGUAUUUUCAAGCACUAAAAUAUGUUGCGAUAAGCUUGUGUGGGGGAAGUGAGAUAAUAUGAAUUCAAGGAGAAAAGGAAUAAUAUCAGUUUCCUAACUGUGGAAGGAGAUCUUGUUCAUGUGCUUUUCAAAUGGAUGGGCUGAUAGUAGAUAUCAAAUUACUAUGGCAUUUACAUUCCAUUUAUAAAAGGGAUAUAUCCUACUGUCUAGCAGCUAGCCUUAUCCUGGACAGGCAAUCUGUGCUUCAUAAUAACUUUGUGACUUGAAAUGUUUGCAGUCAGUAGGAAUUAGCUUCUGACAGCUUUCAUUUUUAAAAAAAUAAACAUGAAUGUCAUAACUGUAUGCAUAGAAACUAAAUGCAGUGACUUUCUUUUGGAAACAUAUGUAGGUGAAGAAAAAUUUAAUAGUCUUAGAAAGCCUUUGAUGUAAGGAGUAGGGAGAAGAAAUACGAGAAGAGCUAACAGAAGACCAGCAGCAGAGACCCUAGGAUGGUGUUGGAAGAUUGUACAGAGAAGGAAAAAAGAUCCAGUAAGGGGAAUUCUACACUUCUUACUAAAUGAAAUUAAAUGCAUUUAUGGAAAAAGGAAAAUUGAAUAGUAAGAUGAUAGCAGAAUAUUGUAAUACGGCAACGGAUUCCUCAGUGGAAAACAACAUUUAUGUAAACAAAGUGUGGGUUCAGUGUGAGAAUGAAAGUUGUUUGAAAUGGAGAUUGUUGUCAAGUGAGGAUGCAGCCAAAGUUGAUCACAAUGAAUCAUGGUACUGCUUCAUGAACACUGACUUAAGGUACAAUAAGUGCUCUGUUUCUGAAGAAGACUUUCCUGAAGAGUCUCAGCUUCAUCAAAGUGGAUUUAAGAUCGUCUAUUCACAGCUCCCUCUUGGAAGCCUGGUUUUGGUAAAAUUACAGAAUUGGCCAAGUUGGCCAGGGAUACUUUGCCCUGAUCCUUUUAAAGGGAAAUAUGUGACCUAUGACCUGGAUGGAGAUGUUGAACAGUAUCACAUAGAAUUCCUGGGUGAUCCCCAUUCAAGAUCAUGGAUAGAUGCAACGUUUGUUGGACAUUAUAGUAUCACAUUAAAGCCAGGAAAAUGUACGAAUAAAAAGAAGUGGUAUAAAAGUGCACUACAAGAAGCAUACCUCCUCUAUGGAUACUCUCACGAGCAAAGACUGGAAAGGUGCUGCCUAUCGAAACAGGACAAAUCCAAAGCAGAUGGCAAAGUUGCUGUGGUGGCCAAGAAAGGGAUGCAAGUUUCCAAAAAUAAUACUCAAAAGAAAAAGCCCAAAUUUAGGAAAAGGAAAGCUAUUUUAAAAUCAUCUUUUGAAAAUGUUUGUUCAGAUGAUGCCUUAUCAAAGGAAAACAUGGUUGUCUCUGAGACAGAACUUUUAUUAAAAGAGCUGGAGCAAAUGCUAGAGCAAGCGCGGGAGCCCACAGCCGCCCCUGAUGAUUCCGAAGGGGAGCGCAGAGAGGAGACAGAUACAGGAGAAAAGUUAUCGAAAUGUGACCCUGAAGCUCCUGUUGGCAGCUCGCUUGAGAACCACUGUGAAGAGGACUAUCUUGUAAUUGAUGGGCUAAGAUUAAAAGCUGGAGAAUGUAUUGAAAAUAUAACUAACAAGUUUAAAGAAAUAGAUGCGUUGAUGUCUGCAUUUUAGGGCAUUACAGAUAUUUUCAAAAGUUAAUUAUAAAAACAUUUACAUCUUUACAUUUUCCCAAAGUCAAAACUUAAAAAUGUUUAGUGAAAUAGGUAUACAUUAUACUGAAGUUGUUAUUUCUAAUAACUUUCUACUUUGUGUUUUGAAAAUAUCCAUUGUUUUGAGAGUCAAUCAAAUGGUAAUUAAGUUAGUGUUAUAAAUUUAGAAUCUGAGAAACCCUGAUAUUUGUAUUUGUAGGGUUUUUUUCUUGUUUGCCUUAAUUUUAAAAUGACUUAUGAAACCUACUUCACAAAUACAUGCUUUACAGUGAUUAUUUAGGCCCUUUGUUCAAAUGUGGCUAACUGUUAAAAUGACUGCCAAUGCUAUUAUAAUUCUUACAGAUAUUUCAAAUCUAAUAUACUUAUAGAAUGUGAAUUUGUAGUAGAAAGAAGCUACUGUAAAAUAAAAGGAAAUAAUAAAAAAUGGUUGUGUAAUAGAGUUGGAGCUUUCUUAAAAAACAAAAAUGUCAAU